AUGUCUGGAAGACGUCAUCGUUCGAACAUAGGUCGUAGUACAGUGAAUGCCAGAAGAGUACGUUCAGCAAGAGAUGAAGAAUCGUCAACGGAACGUGAGGCUCGCCUCAGUCAGGCUCGGGAUAGAGUUGAGAGAGAGAGAGAAUCUUCAGUAGAGCGUGAGGUUCGUCUCAGUCAGGCUCGGGAUAGACAUAGAGUUGAGAUAGAGAGAGAAUCUUCAGUAGAGCGUGAGGUUCGCCGCAGUCAGGCUCGGGAUAGAUAUAGAGCUGAGGGAGAGAGAGAAUCUUCAGUAGAGCGUGAGGUUCGCCGCAGCCGAGAUAGGGAUAGACAUCGAAUACAGAGAGCCAGAGAAUCAUCAGCACGAGUUAGUAAUUUAUGGGUAAAUAAAGAAAAUUCUGCCAUGAAUUACGAUCCUUCAAUUUCUUACAAGGACGAUCGUCUAGUAUCAAUAGGUACUAUGUCAGUAGUGUGUGAACAUUGCUUGGCAUUACAAUUCAAGGACGAAUCGAAAGGCAUGUGUUGCUUACAAGGAAAAGUCAAAUUAGAAGAAAUUCUCCCUCCGCCUGAACCACUUCACUCUCUUCUUACGGGUUAUCAUCAGAAAUCCAAACAAUUCAUGUGCAAUAUACGCCGUUAUAAUAACGCAUUUCAAAUGACGUCUUUUAAGAGUAAGCAAGUCGAUGAGCGUGGGUUCAUGCCUACAUUUAAAAUUCAAGGGCAAGUAUACCACUUAGCUGGGAGCUUGCUCCCACUUCGACCCGAUGAUCACAAAUUUCUGCAAAUAUAUUUUAUUGCAGAUCCAGAUACACAAGCAUCUACGCGGUGUUCAAGUGUUGCACAGCCAAUUGAUAGAGAUUUGAUUAGAUCUCUCCAAGAUAUGUUACAUUCUCAUAAUUGCUAUAUACAGUCUUUCAAAACUGCGAUUGAGAGUGUUCCAGCAAAUACUCCUGACUUUAAUGUUGUAAUCCAUGCAAAUAAAGUUCCUGUUGGAGACCACAGAGGACGAUACAAUGCGCCUUCCACGAGUGAAGUAGCAGUGGUGAUAGCUGGACAGCAAUUUGACAAAAGAGAUCUUGUAUUGCAUAGUCGUGAUGAUAAUUUGCAAAAAAAUUCAGAGUUACACAGAUCUUAUGACAGCUUACAAUAUCCUUUGAUGCUAUGUCAUGGAGAAGAUGGUUAUGCCAUUAAUGUUUCUCAAGUUGACCCUAUCAGUGGUAUACCUCUGCGUAGAACAGUGUCAUGUAUGAAAUACUAUUGCUACCGUAUAAUGACAAGACGUAACAAUUUCAACACUUUGCUUAGGUAUGGAAUGUUAACAAACCAAUACUUGGUAGAUCAAUAUGCGAAAAUUGAAUCUGAGAGAUUGGCCUACAUCCGUGGACCUCGAUAUUUACACGAAAAAUCGCAAGACGCCAUGACUUAUGUCAGAAAUUACGGCAAACCCGAUUUAUUUAUAACUGCAACAUGUAACCCAAAUUGGUCGGAAAUCAAAGAAAAUAUUAACACCAAUUUAACGCCACAAGACAGAUACGAUAUAGUUAACAGAGUCUUCCAUUUAAAAGUACAGAAACUCCUGCACCUCAUUAACAAGUCUCAUAUAUUCGGUCCGCCGCGCUGUCAUAUGUACACAAUAGAAUGGCAGAAACGUGGCUUGCCACACGUGCAACUGCUGGUGUAG